UUUCUGUCAAAUUGACGUCAAACCGUCUGGCCGUGUUUUUCAAUCAGUCAGUUGUCAAACAGAAUUUUGUGAAUGAUUGCGGCGAGUGUCUCGUCGAACGUAAACGGUACUUCUAAGUUAGCUGCAUUAUUUGCGUUUUCAUAAAAAUUGUAACAUAGAGUUAGCUUAGCAUUAAACUAUUCCACGUAUUUAGAACAAUAUAAAAUCAAAUAGUACAUUAUAACCAGUAAUUUUAAGUUAUAUUUUAUUUAUAAAAAUCGUCGGAAUCUUGUUACAAUGGUGAAAGAUGGACAAAAUAAAUAUCGGUCGUUGUCGAUCUAGCGAGACUUUGUGACGCAGACGCUAUGUGUAAUGUGAUCUAGUGCUACAGAAUUAAAGGAUUUCUAAGCCCCGGUGUAUAUUGCAGUCAUGGCCAGUGAGGAAUCCAGCGUAAGAGUUGCUGUGAGGAUUCGUCCACAAACACCAGCCGAGAUUGUGGAGGGAUGCGGUAUAUGCGCGAGAGCAGGUGGUCCAGCGGGCGAGGGUGGGGUGGCUUUGGGCACCGAAAGAGCCUUCACCUUCGAUUACGCCUUCGAACCUUCAGCUUCGCAACAGGAGCUGUACGAAACCUGCGUCAAGAAACUGGUGGAAGCCGCUCUUGAUGGAUACAACGCUACCGUGCUGGCAUAUGGACAGACCGGCUCCGGUAAGACAUACACGAUGGGCAGCGGCUGGGAAGGCGAGGGAGACGGUGAUGAGGACAGGCGCGGCAUCAUCCCUCGGGCGAUCCGGGAUCUGUUCGCGGGCGCGGACGCUCGCGCUGAUGAGGCACGCACACAGGGUCAGCUGCCCCCCGAGUUCUCCGUCCAGGCUCAGUUCAUUGAACUGUACAAUGAGGAUAUCGUUGAUUUAUUGGAUCCGGCCAAAGAUCCAUUUUCUAAGGGAGCGCUGAGAAUAACAGAGGACGGGUGCGGCGGGGUGCGUGUUGUGGGCGCUUCGAUGCGGGCGGUCCGGGGCGCCAGAGAAGCCCUGGGCGCUCUGAGGGCCGGCGCCCUUGCUCGAACAACGGCGGCCACCAACAUGAACUCCUCAUCGUCGCGGUCGCACGCAGUCUUCACGUUGCUGUUACGUCAACGGAGGCUCGCCGCGGACUUACCUGACGGCAUAGAAAGGGACGCGGAGUCAGAUUCUCCCGAACAAUAUGAAACUUUAACUGCCAAGUUCCAUUUCGUCGAUCUAGCUGGAUCUGAACGCUUGAAGAGGACUGGUGCGACGGGAGAGCGCGCUCGCGAGGGCAUAUCGAUAAACUGUGGACUACUGGCGCUGGGCAACGUCAUAUCCGCACUCGGAGACAAGUCGAGGAAGGCGCUGCACGUGCCCUACAGAGAUUCUAAGCUGACGAGACUGUUGCAGGAUUCGUUGGGCGGUAACAGCAACACAGUGAUGAUAGCAUGCGUGUCGCCGAGCGACCGCGACUUCAUGGAGACCUUGAACACGUUGAAAUACGCGAACCGAGCUCGGAACAUCAAGAACCGUUGCGUCGUCAACCAGGACCUCACCUCCAGGACCAUACACCAGCUGCGCCAGGAGGUCGCGCGGCUGCAACUCGAACUAGCGGAAUACAAACAGGGAAAACGCGUAAUAUCAGAAAACGGCGAGGAGGGUUGGAGCGACGUCGUCCAAGAGAACGCUAUACUGAAUGGAGAAGUUGAAGCACUUAGACGUCGCGUCAAAGCCAUGCAGGGCACCAUAGAUCAGCUGUCGGCCAGGAACAGCGAACUGAUGGCUGAGAAGACGCUGAGUAACUGGAUUCCGAAGGACGGCAGCCCUGACACCAACGAUUGCUCCCUCACCACUCUCGUCCAGGGCUACGUGAGCGAGAUAGAGAGUCUACGAGCCCAGCUGAUGGAGACGACGGCGAUGUACGAGGCGAGCCGGCGCCGCGAGCAGAUGACGUCACGCACCCGCCACGAGUCCGCGCACGACCCCGCCGCCGUCAUCGACGAGGCCAAGCGGGAACUGUACAAGGAAAAAGAAAUUCUGGCGCGGAGCAUGGGCGAACUGGAGUUCCACCGCAAACUGAACAUGAGCGACAGUGUGAUGAGCAGCGUGGACGAUCGGCCCAUAGGAGAGAGGGAAAGGGCUGAGGGUGAGAGUGCCGAUGACUCCGAUCCUUCGGACGGGGAAGCCGAUGGAGAUGGCACUGAUUCCGACGAAGAUUCUGAGACUAAAGGACAACGUGUACUAUCAGCGCAACUGGUAGCCCUCAGCGAGGACAUCGAUACGAAAGCUCGUCUUAUCGAGCAACUAGAGAUGUCCCAGCGGCGGCUCACCGCCCUCCGGACCCACUACGAACAGAGGCUCGACACGCUGCAUCAUCAGAUCAAGGCCACCAACGACGAGAAAGAUAAAGUCUUGGCUUCUUUAGCCGCGCAAGCGUCUCCGGCGAGCGAGAAGGUGAAGCGUGUCCGCGAGGAGUACGAGCGGCGCGCGGCGGGCAUGGCGCGCGAGCUGCGGCGCCUGCACGCCGCGCACCGCGACCACGCGCGGCUGCAGCGGGCGCAGGCGCACACCGCCGUGCAGAUCUCCACGCUCAGGAGCGAACUGCAGAACAUGAAGAGGGAUAAGGUAAAAUUAGUCCAACAAAUGCGUGCUGAGGCCAAACGACACGCUCAAGCAGAAGCUGUUAGAGCUAAAGAGGUCGCUCAACUGCGCAAGGAAUCCCGUAAAAAUGCAAAUCUCAUCAGAUCUCUGGAGGCUGAAACGAAACUCAAAGAACAGGUAUUGAAACGGAAACAAGAGGAAGUGUCUCUAUUGAGACGCGGACAUCGCGAUAAGUUAAGCAAUCGAGCCGCCGGGCGACUGUACGGAGGGGUCCGCGGUCGCAGCCGCAAGUUGGUCCGCGAGAGCUGGGCGCGGCUGGAGCGGUGGGUCGCCCGCACCAGCGCCGCCCGCCUCACGCUGUGGGAGCUGGAGGGCGCGCUGGACCGCCUGCUGCGGCAGCGCGCGGCGGCGCAGCGGGCGGCGCACGACGGCGACGCCGCCUCGCUGCACGCCUACCUGCGCGACGCCAUCGCCGACACGCAGGCGCAGAUUAUGCAGAUCGAGGAAGAAAACGACGAGAACGAACUGUCCCGGAUACUGGAGCAGGUGGACAGCGCGGAGGCGGGCCGGUACGCGCUGGAGCGGCUGGCGGCGUGCGCGCUGCAGCACGCGCAGGACGCCGCCAGGAACCUCAAGCUGCUCAACGACACACGCGCGCAUCUCAAAGAAGUUAGUAUCGAUACUGACUCGCGCCGACGGACCGGCCCCCGGAUCGGAUGCCGUAGCCAUCAGUUGGAGGAGAGCCAAGAGCGAGCCGCCAGCGCUCUCCGGGCGGCGGAGGAACAGAACCUCACGAGCUGGAGCUGCGGCACCGCCCUGGCUCACCUGCUGGCGCACGUCUCCUCCGGUACAUCCACCAGAUCGGUCUCGCCGGUCGAUAGUUCAAUAUUGGAAUCGAAGCCCAACACGAACGGCACUAGGGAGACGGCGACGGCGCCCACCUCGCCGCCCGACGACAACGUCAAUUCGCCCUUCCAAAGAAAUACAGUACGUCGCGGCUCGGUGCGUCUCCGCGACCUGGGCGUCAUCGCCAGAGAGGACGGGGACGACCCUAUGACGCAGUCGCUGGUGGAGCCCACCUCGCCCCGCCCCGCGCCCCUCAGCCGCGUGCCCAGCGCCCCCGGCAGUCUGAGAGGUCUCCAGCCGGUGUCGUCUCCGCUGUCCCCCCGCAGACCUCCGCCCCCCGAAAGCCCCCGGCCCCCGCGACGCGUCACCACGUACACACUCGCCAAGCCAGCCUCAUUUGAAGACUAUGGAACCGUAGAGCCGGCAAGCACGCCGCCCGCCUCUCCGGGGGCCACGAGACGAGCCAGGGAUGACGACGUGUUCUUGCGACUAGCGGGCGCCGGACACGAUAACUCGCCCCAAGGAAUCGUCAAAGAACUUGCAAUCAAACGCGUUAUCGGUGGAAACACGAGAGCGUGGCUGCAGUGCACACACGUGGCGGAGGGACACGCGGGCGCGGCUCUGGCCCUGGCCGCCACAACACACGCUGUGUACAGCGGCGGCGUAGAUCGCACGGUCCGUGGCUGGGACCUGUCCGUGGGCAGCGAGGCGUGGCGCGGCUGGUGCGGCGGCGCGGUGUCGUCGCUGGCGGCCGGCACCGCCGCGGACGGGGGCAGGCUGCUCCUCGCCGCCGCCGGUCCCGCCGUCAGGCUCUUCGACACCCGGACUAGGACACCGCUCACUACGCUCUGGUCGUCGGGCGCGACCGGUCCGUGUCCGGCGGGGCGCGGCGCGGCCGGCGAGGUGCCGGUGACGGCGCUGCGGCUGUGCGCGCCUCACACGCUGUACACCGCCGCGGGGGACAAGCUGCGUCUGUGGGACCUGCGCAUGUUGGAGUGCGUGUACAAGAUAUGGUCGGGCCACGCGGCCGCCGUCAUGUGUCUGGCGGCCGCCGAUAACUUGCUCGUCACCGGCUCGAAGGACCAUUAUGUCAGAGCCAUGGAGAUAAACGCACAAGACUCAGGAGGUUGGGAGACGAGCAACCGGCGCCUGCUGGAGCCCCCGCACUACGACGGCGUGCAGGCGCUCGCCCUGCGCGGCCACGUGCUGUACAGCGCCUCGCGGGACACCAGCCUCAAGCGCUGGAACUUGCACGACAACUCGCUCACCCAUAGCGUGAUGAACGCGCACAAGGGCUGGGUGACGGGCGUGUGCGUGCUGGGCGGCGCGGAGGAGGGCGCGGUGGCGAGCUGCGGGCGCGAGGGCGCCGUGCGCGUGUGGAGCGCCGACCUGCGCGCCGUGACGUCACCCGCCGCGCUCUCCGACGCCGUGCACGCGCUCGACGCGCACCCCGACCCGCACCGCCGGACGCUCUACACCGCCUCCAACGGCGGCGAAGUGCGUGCGUGGCGGAUCGUCGUCGAGCCGUGAAACUCCUCAGUGACGGGCGUGUACGUUGUUGGCGCGUCCGCACCGCGAGGUGACCGCCGCCCCCGGGCGCCCCGCCCGCCCCUCCCGCCCCGCGCCACGCCCGCCGCGUCUGGCGGUGAUACACCGCAGACACUACAGACCCGACACAGAACACGGAAAUAUACCCAGUGUAAGUUAACACUAAUAAUACACGUUCAUCUGUGUCGCCGGUAUGUAGUGCAAUGGCAUUUAUUCUCGAGAAAUGAAGACCUGAAUCGCAGUAGUAGUCUAGAAAUUUUGCACAAUGGUUACGGUAGAUGUUCUCGGCAAGAACGUUCAGAAUCAGUUAGCUGCGCGAUGACCGAACUUCUUAUAGAAAAAUAAAAACACCGAAAAGUCAAGGAUGAGUUGAGAAAAUAUGAAAAUAAUGAAAAAAUACUAUCAUACACAAAUUUUAACGAAAAACGACUUUACAGCCUUAACCGUAGAAACUUUUUUAAAUUGUCACAAUCACUUUUAUAAAACGAAUAAACAGCUCUGUCACAAACAAAGAAUAAAUGUAAUUAAUUUGAAAGAUACAGUAGUGGUCUCUCCAAUUUGUGUGAUUCUUGAACUUUGUCGCAGACUCAAUAGAAUGAAACAAAUGAAAAAAAAAAUGUAUGCAAAUUCUGAAUAUUGUUGUAUCUAGAUUGUGUAAGGCGCCAAUGCCUACUUUAGUGCUUUAGUAAUAUCCAUGACGUUACAAGUUUUACAUUGAAAAACAUUUAAAUUCGCCAAGUGUUUACGUCUUCAUAAAUGCUUAUCUAAACGCAUAGAUUUUAUGUAGUUAAAUGAAUAAAUGCAACUUUAGCUGGAAUAUGGAUCGGUUAUAAUCAACUAAACGAUUGAUUAAUGUACAGUUUUUAGGUACAAAGACCAUUCAAAGACAAUAAUCUUAAUUUUAAAUUACUAUACAAAAUACUAAUAAUGAUAUAUCCCAAUUUCCAAAUAAUAAUAUGUAGUUGUAAUAAUAAAAUGCAAACAAAUAUUUUCCACUAUAUUUUAUAAUGAAUGACAAAAAUAAAGUAAAAUGUAAAUUUAAACAGCAUGUGAUAAAUAUUAUCUAAAAGCUGAUGACAUCUGAUGAUGACUUCAAUAUAUUAUAAUUUUGAUUACGGUUUUUAUUAUACGUUAGGUACUCAGACAAACUAUGAAAUUUAAAAUGAUUUAUAAACUCACAAAAAUCAAAUGAAAUUAUAUAAUAAUCUUUGUAGUUAAACUGGGUCUUUGUAUAUAUAAAUUGCUUGAAUGCUAAACUAAAGAUAUAAUCAAUAAUGAUACUAUACAAUAUUUAUUAUGCUUUGAAAUUAUGUAUAUUUGAUUAUCAUUUUUACUAAAAAUGUCCCCAAAACUCAAAUGGUAAAAAUUGUGUCGAUAACAAAAAAUAGAUGAGGUUUUAAAAUUAGGUAGCUAGAGAUGAUAGAAGUAAUAUUAAUUAAAAAUUUAGAUUAAAUUAGAAAUAAAACCAAAUAAAUACCUUGCUGUGUACCAAAUUGCGAAUGUUCAAAUUACAUUUUACAUUCAAAUGCAAGAUAGGUGAUUUGUAAACCUAAAAUGAUUAAGAAAUUUAUUAUAUGAAAACAAAGUAUCUAUGCUACGAUAUAAUGGAAUACUAUUCCGUCUCAUCAUUUAAAUAAUACAUAAUGACAAUUAUUCAAAGGAACUUAAAUAUAGAUUGACCUGUUGACUUACAUAAAAAAUAUUGUAAUAUGAAAAAUUUAGACAAUUCAAAUUCCGAAUUAUACGCAAUCUCAUAUGGGCUAUAGGCACAUUUUCAUAGACCUUAUGUAUUCAUAAGGGCCAUAGUUACCCAAGGUGUUUAAUUCGUUCUAUUUCUGAAGACAACCUUAGAACUGAUUGAUCAAUUAUUAUGAUGAAAUCUGUGAUUAAUCGAAUUAUAUUUUUGUACAUUCCUAUGUUACGGGUAUGUUUAGAGGACAUAAAAUAUAAAAGGAGGAUAGAUAAAAGAUUGUCACCGUAGAAGGUCUACAGAAUAAGAGAAACAUAGUUGUAAUUUGAAUGUUUCUAAAGCCUAACAUUAAGUCCUUUAUUGCUUUUUACAAUUUAGAUUAUUUUUAAUGAAUCUCAUUUUUAAAUUAAGGCAUUGAAAUAUUUUCUGCAGUUCGUUUAAAUAGAAUAAAUGUUGUGAGCAAGGUUAAUGAAUAUUUCAAAGUUAUAUAAUGUACAAUUUCCAUCGUACAUUUGUUGACAUUAGAGUUAUGACUCUACCCACAAUUUCAAUGUUUCAAAUAUAAUUAAUUAUAAUAAAUUAAAAUAAUUUGAUCUGUACAACUAUGUUAGAAUAUGAUUUUAUUAUUGAAGUGAAACAAACAAAAAAUAACCACAAGUGAAUUCUUAAAUGUGUUUUUUUGCAAAAAAUUAACUUGACGUUAUUUUUAUCCUCUGACGUCUAGCAUUGUAAAAUAUUCGUUACUGCGACUUGACAGGUAGUUAAACCUAGGGCACUCGUAUACUAUGAGGAUUAUGGAUGAUAAUGGAUUAUAUUUACUGUUUUUUUCCCCUCCACUCAGUAUUAUGCCUAUUUAAAUGUUACGUUGGCUUAUAUUUAUUUGUUUUUAAGUUGAUGCAACGAAUUAAUUUACAUUAUUUACGUUAAUCAAAGUUACCAAGUACUAGGAUUUUCCCUUAAUCUAUAAAAUAAUACCCCGAAAAUUAAAUGAAUAAUUGUAACUUUUGGGUAAAAUUGGCUCACUUAUGACUAUUAGUUUUUAGUGUGGAUUCUUCUAGAAUGUUGGUUAAUUCUUCAUACUCCUCACCCGACUGGAAAUGAAUUAGUUAAUAAAUGUUUUUAUUACAUUCAUAAUGAAGACAGCGGUUGACACAAAUGGUAUGACAUAAACCAUAUUAUCAGGUCAUAGAAUCCCUUAAAAAAAACAUAACAGGUUAUUUUGGCGGGAACGCAAGCAGCGAAGUUGUGUGAAUUGUUUUAAUUUGUUAAUUUAGCGUUUCUUCAGGUUUAAAUGUGUAAUACCGGUGAUUUAUGAACUGUUUAGCAUCUGUGAAAGUACACAUUCAUAUAAUUCAGUUUCAUUUCAUUUCAUUCGGAUUGAUUCAAGUUAAUCAACUUCAUCUCAUUUCGCUUCAUAUCAUUCUCUAUAUAAUAGCGUAGAAAACAUAAGAUUUGGCUUAAGGGUCCCAUUACUAGGCCAUAAAAUCUUCAAAAAAACGUUAAUAGAGGUAAGGAGUAAAUUUCAUAAGCUAAAAAACUGUAAUUAAGGUAUUUUUUAAAUAGUCUGUUUUAAUUUAAAAAAAAAACAAUAUUCCUAUCGGUCAGCGGUGACUUAUAAACUUUUGAGCCCCAAUUGUCAGUUUUACCCAAAGUUAUAAAAAUUAUCCAGAUUAAUUACACAUAUUAAUAAAAUAUUGCUUAUUUUGAUGUAUGUAUGUUAUGUUAUUUUUUUUUUUCAAACCCUACCAAAUAUUGUAACUAUUGAUGAGGCUAUAAGCUGAAGCUUUAUUAGUAAUCGUCAUAAUAUAUAAAAAUAUUAGUGAUUAGUAUAUACACAUAAAAUUCGAAUUAAAAUCUUUUAUGUAAUGUUACUCUUGCUGCUAUAAUAAUAAAAUAGAUUUUUAGUGUUGUUAGAAAGCCUUUUUUAUUAUUUAACAAAAAGUUUAGUAACUCCCGUGAUUUAAUAUUUACUCAAUUAUUUUUUUAAUUUUCUAAAUACUUUUCACAUUUAUAUGAUCAAUUUGAAACCUCAAAAAUGCCAAUACAAAAAUGGUAAAAUGAAUUAUCUAAUAUUUAUAUUAUGUUUUAAAUAAUUGAAUUGUUUUUUUUGGUCAAAUGAAAUACUUUAUUCGAAUUGAUAACCUGAACAAUAAAUGAUGAGUUGCUAUUAUUA